CAAUAUUUUGUUUAUGAAGUUAACAGCGAAGGGCAGUUAGUACGUGAUUAUUAAUUAUAGGUUAAGACGAAAUUCACUUAAAUCAGACAUGACAGUUUUAGUAACAAAUUAAUCAAUUAUAAGUAAUUACAAUGAGGAACUUAUAUUUAAAUUUGCAUCCCGAAACGUAUGACUGAAAAUAAUAUUAAACUUAGAAAUGGGAUUCAUGGCUAAACUGUUAUGUUUGUCAUCUGUACAUUUUAUAGUUGUGUUGUUUCGGACAGUUGAUGCAACUAUAGAAGUGUAUGACCCAUCUGGAGUCAAAGUUGAUACUAUCCAAGACAGGCAGUCUCCAUUUGAUGAUGAUUUUGCUGUAUUGGAGGGUUUCAUUCUUGCUGCUGAUCCACCCGAAGCAUGUUCCAAAAUUGCUGAACCUACCUUUCUUGCAAAUUUUACCGUUUCUAAAUUUGUUCUUAUAAAUGGCACAGAAAUGUGUGAAUUCACUACUAAGGUUCGAAAUGCUGAAAAGGCAGGGUAUGAUGUGGCUGUAAUAUUUGAUCCUUCACCUUUGGCAUUUGAAUUUUUCCAUGUUGUGCCAUUCCCAACCAUGCAAAUUGAUAUACAUUUUGUAUUUGUGUCAUAUGAAGAUGGUGUACAGAUCCGCAGUAAUUAUUUAUAUAAUAAUAGCAUUCGCUAUAACUACAGACUGAGAAUAAAGCCUAAUACUCCUAAUAUCACUUAUUACAUGUACCUGUUUGGUGCUGUCCUAGGCGUGUGUUUCUUUGUAAUGCUGCUAUUCAUGAUGUGCUUGCUUAUAAAAUGUAUACAAGAAAGGAGAAGAAGUAGACGUAAUAGGUUGUCAAGUAGACAAAUCAAACAAAUACCAACUGCAAAAUUUUCUAAAGGUGAUCAUUAUGAUGUAUGUGCCAUAUGUCUAGAAGAUUAUAAUGAAGGAGAUAAGCUUCGGUUACUCCCAUGCUCUCACGCAUAUCAUGCCAAGUGUAUUGACCCUUGGUUGAUGAAUAACCGGCGUAAUUGCCCGCUUUGCAAGCGCAAAAUUACAUUUGGGGAUUCUGCGGAUGAAAGUGAUUCUGAAGAUUCUGAGCUUACAUCCCCUGCUGAGAAUACACCUCUGUUAGCAUCACCAAGUAACAGAGAACAAUCUUGGGGUACAUUUGCAGUCAAUCCAGUGCAUACAAUAAAUGAUGGAGCCAUUGGGGGACCAUCUUCAUUGUCAGAUACAUUUCAAUACUCAGACAAUUCCUUUUUACCUGCUGAUUCCACUGUUACCAUCGAGAGCCAGAGUGAAGAUGAACACUUUCCUGCAGAACCACUGGUGAACAAUGGGAAGGAUACUUUAGUUCCAACUGCUGUUAAUUGUUCAAGUGCUGAUGUAGAUAUCAUAAAUGGAAAUCAGGAGGGAGCUAGUGCAAGUGUGUACCAUGGACUAAUUGUCUAAGGAAAAGAGAUUUGGUACCUCUUUCAUAUUUCCAAUAUAAUUUUUUAUUAAAAAAAUAAUUAACUGGAUGUGCUUUAAUAUCACAUUUGAUAAGAAUUAGUUAAAUAUCAUGCUAUUUAUUUAAGCAGAUUUUUUUGUAUGAUAUAUGCAUAUAUCAUCUGAAUUAUUUUAUUUGAAAACAUGCAGAAACAUUCUUAAUUUUGAUGUAGCUAUGAUGUAUAUAUAAGAUUUUUAGGAAAGAAAAGAAAAUGUAAGUAUUGUUGAAAGGACUGCAUAAAAUGCUGUUAAUAUCUUGUAUUGUUACAGUGAUUGUUUUUUAAUAAUAAAUAUCAGUAUUGUUUUUA